AUGAAAUCAUUGAUAUUGUUAUCAUUAUUGCUUCAUGUUUUAUUUCUUUUGAGUAUAUUUUACAUAUAUUUUCGUUCUAUAAUUACGCCGGGUCUUAGUCCAUUAAAUGAUUUGGAUAAUCCACCAGCGAAAAGACUUGUUUUGAUUGUCGCUGAUGGACUUCGAGCUGAAUCAUUUUUCGAGCACAACUUGAAUAGAACGAAAUACCUCAAACACAUUUUAUUGACAAGAGGAAUUUGUGGCGUGUCUCACACUCAUGUCCCGACAGAAUCUCGUCCUGGUCAUGUCGCACUCAUUGCUGGAGUUUAUGAAGAUCCUUCGUCAAUAUUUAAAGGAUGGAAAGAGAAUCCCGUAACAUUCGACUCAGUUUUCAAUCGUAGUGAAAAGACUUUUGCUUGGGGAAGUCCUGACAUUCUUCCAAUGUUUUCAAAAGGAGCAACACCAGACAAGGUCAUCAUUGAUUCAUAUAAAUCAGAGGAUGAAGUGUUCAGCAUCAGUGCCCAUUCUUAUUUACUUGAUCAGUGGGUUUUUGAGAAAGUGAAAACCUUUUUAAAUCGUGAGAAGUUUAUGAAAGAGAUAAAGAAGAAGCGGAAGGUGAUUUUCUUUCUUCAUCUCCUCGGAAUGGAUACUUCAGGUCAUAUUCACAAGCCACAUUCAAUUCGCUACACUGAAAACUUAAAAUUUGUUGAUCGAGGAAUUAGUGAAGUAGUGAAAUUGUUUGAAAAUGUGUUUGAUGAUAACGAAACUGCUUUUAUUUUCACUUCUGAUCAUGGAAUGACAAAUCGUGGUGCACAUGGUUCGGGAAGUCGUCAUGAGACUGAAACGCCGUUUCUUGCAUGGGGAGCUGGCGUCAAUUUCUGGUCACCAGCAAGUGAGAAUUUUGUAACGAGAAAUUUUCUGACGAUUGAUGGACAAAAGAUUCCUAGAUACGAUAUUGAACAAGCUGACGCUGCACCUUUAAUGUCGACACUUCUUGGCAUUCCAGUCCCAACGAAUAACUUUGGAAAAUUGCCUUACAUGUAUCCAAAUGUCAGUAAUGUUUAUCUCGCUAAUGCUUUCGCUAACAACGCUUAUCAACUUCAUGCAAUUUAUCAAAGUUUUCAUAAAAAUUCACGCGAACGUACUUUUGAUUUCUCUUUCAAUCCCAACGAGAAAAUUAUUGAAGAUGAAGUGACAUUCCUUGAUGAACAAAUUCGUUUGUCAUUCACUCUUAAAGAUUAUGACGAUAUUAUUGUUAAAUCGAACAAGUUCAUAACUCUUCUUCUUAAUGGCAUCGACUUCUAUCAAAUGUAUUAUAAAAAUGAACUUCUGUUAGCAGUGACAAUUUCGAUUGUUGGAUGGAUUGCUUUACUUUAUCUCUACAUCAUGACAUCAGAAAUGACAUUAAGAAUAGAAGAAAAGUAUCUCAAAAUUGGAUCUUUUUUGAUUAUUGUGAUAGCGACUUACAAUUUCUGUCAGAAAGUUCCAAUACAAGCGAUUGGUUACUUUUUACUUCCAAUCAUUAUUUGGAUGAUCGUUUUAUCAAACAAUCGUAGAAAAGCACUUCAAUCUUUCAUGACAAACAAACAUCACAUCCUUACAGCUUUAAUGUGCAUAAUUGCUGCUGAGUUUCUUGUGUUUUCAUUCUUUCAACGCAAGAUUUUAAGCUUGCUGUUGUUAGGCUACAGUGGAAUUGUUACAACGUACGCCAUCAGAAAAAAUCUUCAACCCAAAUUGAAAGUCUUCAAAUAUUUUUCAUCUGCUGUUUGUCUUGGCAUUUUUCCACUUUUAAAAGUUGUUGAAAAGGAUACAAAAAAUUUAUUUCUUUUGGCACUUGGAACUGUUUUUUGGAUAUUUCGAUCAAUGGAUUACGUUUAUCUGAAACGUUAUGAUCGAACAAGUGUUGUGCAAACAGUUUUGUUGUUUUGUGGUGGACUUUUCGUGCUUUUCCUUGUAUUUCAUUUGGAAGCUGGCAAUGAUUUAGAGGACUAUCAGAGAAUCAUUUCAUGGAUUGUCUUAAUAUCUCCAUUCGUGACAUUUUGGGGAUCUGUCAACAUGGAAAUUCGAUUGAAAGCAAUUGGAAAUGGAUUAUGCUUGCCAUUCAUUUUAAUGUCACUUUCAUAUGAACCUUUGUUCUUGAUUUCUUUCUACUCCCACAUAAUGAGUUGGGUUGAAAUGGAAUUAGUUUUAUUUCGUCGCUCGAAACAAUUAAAAGACUUUAAAUUUGAACAUUUGAAAGAUAAUCGGAGAAGAGAAAUUGACAUAAAUGACGUUCGUUGUGUUCUCGUUUUCAUGCUUUACUUGAUGAUUUCCUUCUUUGGCACUGGGAAUAUGGCAACAAUAAGUUCAUUUGAUCCAAAUUGGGUUCGAUGUUUAGUGACGACAUUCUCACCUUUCCUAAUGACGGCGCUCAUCAUAUUUAAACUUUCCAUUCCAAUAAAUUUGUUGUCUUGCUGUUAUCGUGCACUUCACAUUGCACUACGCGCUGAUGCCAGAAAAAUGUUCAUCAUGAUGCUAGUCAUUUGUGACAUUAUGUGCUUGAAUUUCCUUUAUUUAGUGAAAAACAAAGGCUCGUGGUUGGAAAUUGGCACGUCUUUGUCACACUUCAUUAUCAUGGAAACAGCUGUCCUUGUGCUGAUCCUUUUCUAUGGAUUGUCGCAGUUUUUUACAACAUUAAAAAUCUUUCCUAGUCAAACUUUCAAGAUAGAUUAG